AUGAUUCCUAUUCAGUCACGCCUACAAGCCAUGUCGCUUCCCAAAGCGGCGGCUCCCAUCGCCAGCACAGAUCCAGCACAGGUCACUUUUUGCUGGAGUGGUAGCUCCGGAUCUUUCGAAUCCACGGUUUCCAGCCCUUUCUUCGCCCCGCCACCAACUCCUACCGACUCUCUUCUCGACAUCAACCCUCGCAAAUCAUCUUUUUCUAGUGAACAGGGCGCAGCAUAUGCCUUCCCAUCAUGGCCCAACAGACCCUCACUCUCCACCAAUGAUUCAAUGGAUUCCUGCGCCAGCGCCUACCUCUCUGAUGACGACCUCCUCUGGAUGCCCGAGAACGCAGGCACCGAACAGGAAGUGGAAGAAACCCCGGCCGCCGAGCCCAUGUGCUCCGUCACCAUGGAGCAGCAGCUCCAGCGCAUGCGCGCCAUCGCCGAGGAACAAGAUCGCGCCAACUUUAUGGCCAAGGUCGACGCCCACGCCCGCGCCACGCUCGCCUUGCGUCAGGAAAAGCAGACCGUCAUCGAGCGCGACACAAAGCGCAAGAAGCGUCGGGUCGUACCAACCCCAAAGCGACGCGCUCACUCGGCCUCCAAGGUUUCCACGCACUAA